AUGAAGUUGUAUUUUGCAGUCCUGACCGGAGCUGAUGAAACGCCGGAUCUACUUUCUAGUUGCAUCCAAUACACGCAAUUCAUGCGAUUGAGUCGAGGCAAUGUAGUAGAUAGCCUAUGCGAUACAGUCGCUGACCGGCAACGCACCAAACGGGCUUUCUGGUUUCUGUACUGCAUCGAAAAGGAAUUUUGUUUACGGGCUGAGAUAUGUCCGAUUCUUGACGAAGACUUUGUAGAUUACAGGCCUCCCCAGCUGGAAGUGUCACCAGGAGCCGUGGACUGGCUUUUCAUCCGCUGCUGCUACGCAAGUCUCUGCACGGCCAUUCUAAAGGGCUUUUAUGGACAGAAGUCACUGAAGGCUGAAGGCCAAAAUCUAGUCAACAACCUGGAGGCACAGCUUAACGCUUGGCUCCGAUUGCUUCCCCCUGGGAUCCAGUCCAUCGACGAGCAGAUGGUGGAGUUUCCAUCUCUUAACGACUGGCAAGAGCGCAGAAAGAAACUCACUGUGUUUUUUCAAUACCACGCAGUCUUCCUGACAUUACAUACUGGUCGCCGGUCUCAACAUCCCCCGUCUUCAUCAUGCUCAAGUGAAUUCCCUGGAAUUGAGCCGUGGGCUCUGGACACUAGCCGGAAAAGCGCCGCGGCGGUGCGGAGAAUUCUAGCUGCCAGUUGCCAACUCACAGAAUCGGAUGUUCGGCUGGAUCCAAGCAUGUACCGGCUGGUGUGCAUUGCCACCUGCAGCUUGGCUGCUGCCACAAUCAGGACUCCUCUGGCUGGGCAUCGUACUGAUCUGUCAUACUUGGCUACGGCAGCCGGCUUUUUUGGCCGCAUGGCUUUGGCAAAUAUCGAGGGCCCGCUCGAAGAAAUCACCGAGAUCGUGAGAAUCGCACAACAACAUAUCAAGGCGAGACAGCAGGAUAUGGCAACUGAUUGA